ACCAAAAUAACAGGAAAGGGGAGGAGUCGGCGAAAGUGAUUGGAACAACUGGCACAGUUCUGGUACUGGGGGACAGGAAAGAGAUAUGUCGGUGGUUAAUAUAAUGCCUCCUGGUAGAGGGGCAAUAGAGAGAACUUCGUUUCUAGGAUCUACAAUUCCGAAAGAAGUGAAAUCAAUGGUGAAACUCUUACCUUCUCUUGAUAAGGAUAACUUUAGACAAUUGCUCAGAGUUGCAGUAUCAUCUAUGGAAGGAAAUGAGAUCACAGAGGAAGUCUUUCACAAGGCAUUAACAAACCAACUCACAGAAGAAAAAGCCUCCAUAGUGUAUUCAGGAAUCUGUACCAUACUGAAAUGUGCAUUGAGAUUACCUCAGACAUCACUCAAAACAGAUGUAAGUUACAAAUGA